AUGACAUACCUGUCUACCGGAGGUGGCAGUGGCGCCAUCAUGUGCGGAUGUGGCGGCAUAGGGGGAUGUGGGGGGUGCGGGUGGAAGGGUGAGCCGGGCGGCGCAAACCCGGGCCCGGGAAAGUGUGGCUGCUGCGGCGGCCCGGGAGGGAAGCCGCCGCCGGAACCGGGGCGUGCGGACGGCGAGCCAAACGGUCCCGGAGCAGCGUACGGCGGGCCCGCGAACCCCGGCCCCGGCGUGGACGGCGCUGGGGAGGCCGCGAACGCUGGGCCGGCGGGUGAGCCGGCGGGCGGCGCGAACGACGCGAACGGCGGCUCACUGUUGCCGCUCUUCCACGCCGCCGGCACCCCGGCGCCGCUCUCGUCCAGCGCCGGCACGCGCCGCUGCAGGCCCACCGACAUCUGUACCAGGAGAACAACGUUAAUAAACUCAGAAAUUUCUCAAGGUCUGAAGCUCAUUUAUAAGACACUUCUCCAGACAGUAUUGGCAAAGCUGUUUACGCGCUGA